GCGGCCUCGUUCAAAACACAGAGACAACCGUUCAAAGAUAUCCGACGCUUCAGCUCCAAAAAGCUGAAAAAAAAACCCACCAAACAGACAAAGCGCCUCCGGAGACGGUAUCUGGGUAUUUAUUUCCACAAUGGCAGAGGGAGGCGAUGUGGACUGGGAGCUGAGCAAAGAAAACAUCCAGCCACUGAGGCGAGGCAGAGCGAUAUCGGCCUUACAUCAGGCACUCAGUCAACAAGAUGGACCCAGCUCUGUCAUCAACCAGCAGAGACAGGCCUUUGAGUCUGAGCUGCGUAUGUACGAUGGUGAUGAUCCGCUUAGUGUUUGGGAUCGGUAUAUCAAAUGGACCGAGCAAACCUUCCCUCAGGGAGGAAAAGAAAGCCACCUUGCCACAUUGUUGGAGCGGGUUGUGACCAGAUUCACAGAGGAUAAGAAAUACUCCAACGACUCUCGCUAUGUUGACCUGUGGAUCAAAUUUGCGGAGACCUGCGCAGAGCCGAUGGAUAUUUACAGGUACAUGCAAGCUCAGGGAAUCGGAGUGAAACAGACAUCCCUUUACAUCGCCUGGUCUGAAGAGUAUGAGAAUCAGGGCAACUAUCGGCAAGCAGACCUGGUCUACCAAGAUGGAAUUAAGAACUUUGCAGAGCCACAUGAUAAGCUUCUCCAGUUUCACAAAGCGCUACAGGCACGUGUGUCCCGGCAGGCCAUGAUGAAAAUAGACGAGGACAGUAGUGAAGAUGAGCAAAAACAACCUGAGAGAGCUUCACUGGCGGACCUCAAGCACAGAGGAAAGAAGAAGGCCAUCGCCCCGAUCAACAGAACUGGGCGGGCUAUCAAACAUAUCUCUGGAGGCCUGCAGUCCCACGGUGCCCCCGUCUUUGGCAGCGCCUCAAACAGUCGGCUGGUGAUCUUUGAUGAGAACAAAACUCAGACUACAGGUUGCUCUGAGCCAAAGCUUGAAUCCUGGGUGGCUCCUCCCACAUCAAGGGGGAAGGAGAAUGACCAGAAGGCUGAAAAAUGGUGUGAUGUAAAGAUGCCCCAGAAAUCUAAAUUUGGACACACUAUUAUGGCUCCACCGCCUCCGAAACCCACCUUCCAACCAUUCGUUGAGGAGUCGGAUCAGCCUCCAACAAUGACGCCAUGUAAGAUCAACCCGGCGGUGAACACGGUCUUAUCGGCGCGUAAGCUGGCCAGAGAGGAAACUCCUCUGAAGAGACUACAGGAGCGUCAUCAGCACCAGAAGGAGGCCGAAUCAGGAAAACUGCAGGAGCAGAGCAUGUACUGUAAAGACCUGCUGCUCGGCGGAGCCACAGAGUUCUGCCUGGAGGAACUGCGAGCUGACCGCUACUUCAAGAGGAUGGCACAGGAAGCUCAGAAGGCUCGAGCCAGCGCUGGAAACUGAUCCUCAACACAAAAAAGUUUUUUCUGUUCAAGAUUUUUCAUCUUCAUUUUGAGCAGACUUUCCCGCGAGUAUCAUGUAAGGACUGAUGAUGUUUGUUGUAAAUAUCCCAUUCCUCCUGUUGGUGAAAGACAGAAGCUUUUUGGAGACUUUUUGAACAGGAGACACUAUUUUGGAUCCGGUACAAAUUGAAUCAGUGGACAAAAUAAGUUAAACAUUGAGAGUUUGUGUAAAUUGUGCAGAAAAGGCUUCAUGGUUGUUUUUGUCUUGAUGCGAAACACGUCUGUGUGCUGCUGCUUCACUCUCAACUUUUGUUCUUCAGCUUUUUUCCAAUUGCAUUGUUACUAAGAAUAGUGCUUUUUAUGUGUUUGCUAUCUUUUUUUUUUUUUUUUUGCUCUUUUUAACAGUGAGAAGACAAACUUCCACUGGAGUAU